AUGGAGAACCGUUUGAAGCUAAAACUCUCCAAACUCUUCGAAACAUGCCGGUCAAAAAACAUUUCUGACGUCUCCUGCGAACCGUUUUUUUUUCCCGAAAACCGCCACCACCGGCAACUCAUUGCUCUGUUUUCCCCAAACCCCCACCCAAAUAUCCCCAUAAAACCCUCCCCUGUUUCAGCCGAUACCGACUUCCGGCCAAAUAAAACCACCAAAAAGAAACCCCGUCACCGGAAACCCAAAAAAAUCGAAUGUUUCUCAUCAACAACACAUAACUACUACUACGAUUGGCGUAGCAGUGACGAUGAAGACGAUACGAGUGAUGAAACCACUCUGUUUUCAUCUCGUUCGGAAUCAUCGGGUUCUUUUCAUAAAAACAGAGCAUGCCGGAAGUCUGAGAAGAAUAAUGGGAAGUUGGUUAAGGAUAGUAUUGCGGUAGCAAAGAAAUCCAGCAAUCCGUAUGAAGAUUUCAGGGUGUCAAUGGUGGAAAUGAUUGUGGAGAAGCAGAUAUUUGGGGCAGAAGAGCUUACGAAUUUGUUUGAGUGUUUUAUUUCGUUGAAUUCCGGUGAACAUCAUAGAGUAAUCUGUGAGGUUUUUGUUGAGAUUUUGGAUGCUAUGUUUCCUAGUUGUGAUUGA